GUGGCGGACAGUCGAGGACGGAUCGAGGCGGCGGGCGGGAGCGUGACGCUCGUGAGUCUCGGGACGGCGGAGCAGUUGAGGACGUUUUUGGAGUUGAAUCCGGAGAUUCCGAGCGACAUCGCGUUCGUCGACGAUAGCGACGAUUUCGCGCUGUACGACGCGUGCGGAUUCGGGAAAUUUACCGACGCCAAGCCGGAGAAGGUGGAUUUGAAGCCGACGAACUUUUCGUUCAAGGAUUGGUUGGCGUAUCUCGGGAACGCGGGGAAGUUGGCGCCGAUCAAGAAGGGUCAAAAGGGCGUUCCAGAGGGUGUGUUGCGUCUCGGCGGCACGUUCGUUUUAGCCGGCGACGACGUCGAAUACGCUUGGGCCGACGCGCUCCCGGGUGCGCAUCCCGAGAUCGCCGACGUCUUAAAAGCCGUCGGUAUUUAA